AUGGAUCAGUGGACGGGCGUGCAUCGGGCGUUCAUAAUACGCGCCUACUAUAGAAAUAAUGAUUCCAUAAGCACAGCGCAGCGCAUGUUCAAGAAACAGUUCAGCAUUUAUCAGAUCCCGCCCACAAAUGUGAUCAAGAGCUGGCUACGGCACUUCGAGUGCACGGGCUCCUCCCAAGCGGGCGGCUGCACGGCGCGUUCCUCCCUUCCCCAAAUCUUCUGCACCAUUUGCAACCAGUGCCUGAGCAAUGAGAAGAAUUUCGGCAGCUCCAUUAAAUAGUUUAAGUAGAUUUUGAGUAUUCAAUUCUUUUCUAUAGCUUAGUUUACUCUUCUUCUUCAAUGUUUUAUAUAAUAAACAUGUACUUUUGUUCUAUUCUGCUAAUUAACAAGUUUGCUGAACAUUUUAUAUCAACACUUUUGACUGCUGCCAGCCUGCCAGGCUGCUUUCUGUGGUGUGGCAUAUCAAACGCUCGACAUUUUCACCCUCUGACGGAGGUUCUCGCACAUUUGUCUGUCAUGCUUGGCAAAAGAACGUCGCUGCGCUUGGUUUCUCGCGAAAUUGAAAGAGAUCCCAAAUUCUUUUGACUGACAAAUGUCUAAAUUUUGCAGCACUUUUUUAUAGAAAU